AUGAGUUCAGUGCCAGGUAACGUAAAUAGGUCCGAAGAGCAGCGGAAACGUCCCACUUCACAGAAUAUUGCAACCAAAGAGAAACCAAAAGAAAUACACACUCGGAAAUCCGAUGUACUAGAAAUAGCUGUAACAGCGACGUCUAAGGCCAAUAGAUUAUAUCAGGACGCUAAGUUGCAGCUAGAGCAGUCUGGAAACUUAAAGACUUCCAUAAAAGAGACGGUGGUAAAUAACCUUUCUGAACUUUUUGGAAUCGUAUUACAGUUAAACGAAGAAAGGCAGACUCUACUCCUACAAUUGGAGAAAGCUCGUAUACAACUUAAAGACGAUCUACUUAGGCAAGAAAAACAGUAUGUAGAGAGCCUUAGAGCACUAAUGGAUCAGGGUAGUAUAAGAGAUAUUCAGUCUGCUCUCACCGAAACAGUGAGUGAUAUGAGAACCCUAACGGACUCAUUGAAGCACACGAUGGGCAAUGACACCUUAUUGGAUAAACAUACUUUUAUGGGCAAAUCGGAGGAUACCAGAAGGGAACUGAUGGAAAUAAAAGAAGAAUUAUCAUCCCUAAAAGACCAAAUGGGUGGACUUCGAGAGUCUUUGGUUAUAAGCGAAACAAAUGAACCCACAUAUGCCAGCAUAGCUGGUCGACCUAAGGCCAAAAUAAACAAGCCCAAAGACGAUGAAAAUGAAACAUCGAACCACUUGGAACAAUUUAUAAUUGAAACAGGAGACGCCAUUCAUAUUAUCGCGGGAGACCUAAAUGGCUGGCACCAACUUUGGGGAUCUCCCACAGCGAAUAAAAGAGGUAAAGAAAUAGUUGAUAUUAUUAUUCCUCACAAUCUUACCAUCAAUAAUACUGGCACAGAUCAUACAUAUGAAACUACAGCGGAUGGAAUUCUACGUGGUUCCAUCGUUGAUCUCACCAUAACUUCAUCCUCAAUCUCGAAUCAUAUUAUUAAUUGGCAAAUAGAUAAUUCUAUAUGUCCCUCCUCUGAUCACCAUGGUAUCAAAUUUGAAUAUUUCCUUAAUAAAAAUCAUAUCCGUCAGAAUAAGAAAAAAUCGACUUACCAAUAUAAUACUAAUAAUUUUAAGCAAUGGGGAAAACUAAGCGAAGCCUUUUCCAGAGAAAUUGAACUGACCCAACUUAACAAAAUUGACAUCCUAUCCCUAGAUCCAAAUAACUUACUACACUUUAUUGAUGAAAUAACCGCGUUUAUUCACAAAAUUUGUAAAAAGUAUCUUCCCCACUCUUCUAUUCGUUCUGAGCGCCCUUCUUGGUGGACCGAAGACUUAGAAAAAUUAAAAAGAAAAGUUCUUGACAACCAUCACCUGCUUCAAAAACUUAGUCGAAAACGUCUUCCAAUGAACGAAGCAAUUACAAACAAGACCCAACUCCGAAAGGAAUACGCCGAAGCAAUCAGAAAGGCCUCAACUGAAAACUUCCGUGAAUUCUGCAACAAACAAGGUAAGGAAGAUGUGUGGUCAGUUACAAAUAGAUUGCUGAAGAAUUCAAUCCCAACCCUACCACCUUCCACCCUCAAAAUAGCACCAAACAAAUAUACUACUUCUUCUGAAGAAACAGCCCAUAUAUUUCUUCAAAAAUUUUAUCCAGAGGACACCAUUGACACAUAUAGUUCCCAAACCGUCACCCGACAAACCAUAAAAUUUCCACCGAAUACAAAUGAUGAUCCUCCAUUUACUAUUGAUGAAGUCCUCCAUAACUUCAAGGAUAUGAACCCUCGAAAAUCACCUGGACCAGAUCACCUUACCUCCGACAUAUGCUUCUGUUUCACUCAAACAUUUCCAGAACUAAUAACGAAUAUCAUGAAUAGAUGCCUAGCUUUAUCAAUAUUCUCUAGACACAUAUGGCACUCGGCAUUAAAAUAUAAACAUGUAAGAGACAAGCUGCUAUCCCUGCAACGUGGUUUUGCUAUAAAAAUAAUUAAAGGUUUUAGAACCGUAAAUACCAUCAAUGCAAUAGCACUGGCAAGGCUGACUCCUAUACACAUUAAAAUUAAUGAACUGGCAAUCAUUGAAACAACGAAACUAACAGGCACAAGCAAAUAUCUUCCAACAGACAUUAGUUUAGACACACCAUCGAAACCAGAAGAACGAUUACAUCCAUCUCGUCGCAAAAUUAUCCAUUACCAAGAAGCCAAUAACGCUCAAGAAGUCAAUCAGAUUCUCCUCGAAAACACUCAUCACAUCUACACAGAUGGUAGUAGACACGACGAAAAGGUUGGGGGAGCUUUUGUUGUAUAUUGCCCCAAUGGUAAAAUUAUAACUAGAAAACUAAAACUCCAUAGUUCUUGCUCGGUGUUUCAAGCUGAGUUGAAAGCCAUAGAACAAGCUUGUGUGUGGCUUGCAGAUAAACACAUUCCGAAUGCAGCUAUUCUGACUGACAGCAAAUCUGGACUACAAGAAAUCGGUAACCCCAAUAGUACAAAUCAAAUAGUUACCAACAUCCACAGAAUGCUAGACAACCACAGCUUAUCAGUUAAUUUCAUUUGGGUCAAAGCCCACACAGGUAUAGCUGGUAACGAAGCUGCUGACCUGGCAGCCAAAGCUGCAGCCACAAGCCAUAACGUCCCUAUUCUCAUAAAAUUUCCAAUUAGCUUCGUAAGAAAACUUGCUCAACAAGAUAGUAAAGUAGCUUCCGAACAAUUUUACCAAGAUAACAUGAAAGGUGAUAUAACCAGAAAAUGGCUCUCUACACUUACACACAUACAAGAAUUAUACCAAGUCACCAAGCACUCAUUCACACUAACACAAAUUCUUACAGGACACGGCUACCACAAAGAGUACCUUCAUAGAUUUAAAAUAGUGGAAAAUAACACAUGCCCUUGCGACGACACUGCAGUACAGUCAAUUUUCCAUUUACUUAAUGAUUGUCCAAAAUUCCAAGCUACACGUCUAACCCAUACGAUAACUUGCGCCAAUUUUAAAGUACAACCCUUCUCCAUUGAAGAAAUUAUUAAAAAGGAAAGCACAUUUGAAACGUUUCUACACCAUAUUAAUAGUAUAAUAAAAAGUCUCAAGAAAUUUAACGGAACAGAAUAA